AGCUAACAAAGUUCCCACUUUGUAGAACUCUCCCAUGGCUUCAACUUCACCAAAUUCUUCUUUUCUCUCUCUUUCUUUGCACAGAAGAAAAAAAAGAAAAUCCAAUACCAAAUCCAAAAACCCUUUUCACAAGAAACACUAAUAAAGGUUGGUUCUCCUUCAAUAUGCGUUUUGUUUCGUUUUAUUUCCAAGUUCAGUGGAAAAUAGAUGGUUGCCUAAAGAGUCUAUUUUUUCUUUUCCCUGUACCCAAAUUCCUUAACCAUUGAGUAUUCCAGUUUUCCUUUUUUUUUUUUUUUUUUUUUUUUUUUCUUUUUGUUGUUUUUUUGUUUGUCCAUGAAAGCUCAUUUUUACUCAUAAUCUCUUCAAUGGUUUUCAUGGUAUCUGUUUCUGAGCACAAGAAUUAUGUUCUUUUCUUGAAUAUUUCGUUUCUAUUUGUGUCAUGUGCCUUUUUGGUUCUGCAUUUUUACACUCCUGAAGAUUUUCUGGCUCUAAGCACUAAUCAAAACUCCCCAGAGAUCAACAGCAGUGGUAAAGAAAGCUGCAGUAGUUUAAAUAGUUUAGAUGACUACAAAGCCAAGUGCUUUUACCUUAAAUCCAGAGAUCCAUGCGUCUCUGAAGGCUAUAUUAACUAUCUUUACCUUUUCUGUUGCAAUUUUGGGAAUUUUCCCCUUCUGGGUUAUUUCCUUCUCUUGCUUUGGCUUCUUGUUUUGUUUUAUUUAUUGGGGAAUACUGCUUCAGAAUACUUUUGUCCUUCCCUUGAAAGCCUAUCAAAGCUGUUGAAAUUGCCCCCAACAAUUGCUGGAGUUACUCUGCUCUCUCUUGGAAAUGGAGCCCCAGACGUUUUUGCUAGCCUUGUUUCCUUCAUGGGUGGUGGGACUUGUGAAAUUGGUCUAAAUACGGUUCUUGGAGGGGCUUCCUUUGUGUCCUGCGUUGUGGUUGGGAUCAUAAGCGUAUCUCUUCGCAGAAGACGUAUCCGGAUUAACAAGCCUGACUUCGUUAGGGAUGUCUGCUUUUUCCUUUUGGUUGUAGUUUGCUUGAUUGUGGUCUUGAUCCGGGAUGAAAUUGAUGUGUGGAUUGCCAUUGCAUUUCUGGCAAUGUACAUCCUAUAUGUGGUUCUGGUGUACAUAUCCCAUAUUCGUCGGAGGAAUGACGAAGAAGUGACUGAAGGACAUGCUAAUUUGAGUCAUAGUAGUGACUUAACCAUACCAAUCUUGCAAAACAUGGAAAAUGGGAAGCUCAACCAAACAGAGGAAGGGGAUGUUGAAGAAAGGUCUGAAGUCGAGAUCAAAAAGAGCCGCUUUUGUUUAGGAUCAUCAACUUGUUACGGUACGUUGCUUUGCAUACUUGAAAUGCCCCUUUGCUUGCCUAGAAGAUUGACAAUUCCUAUUGUUUGUGAGGACCAAUGGUCCCAGAAAUAUGCUGUUGCUUCUGUAACAUUAGCACCAUUGCUUUUGUCAACCAUUUGGAACCAUGAAAUCGAAAAUGAAACCUUCAACACAUACCUGCUUGUCUAUGGAGUUGCUUUAAUCUUUGGAUUAGCAUUUGGGGCUUUGGCAUCUGUGACUACUGAGAAAUCAAGCCCACCAAAGAAGUGCUUGUUUCCUUGGGUAGCUGCUGGUUUUAUAAUGAGCAUUACUUGGAGUUACAUUACAGCUCAAGAAUUGGUGGGUUUGUUGGUUUCAUUAGGAUAUAUACUUGGUGUAAGUCCUUCAUUACUGGGGCUAACUGUCCUUGCUUGGGGCAACUCACUUGGGGAUCUGAUGACCAAUUUGACAAUGGCUUUGAAAGGAGGACCAGAAGGAGCACAGAUUGCCUUUUCAGGCUGUUAUGCUGGUCCAAUUUUCAACAUCCUAUUUGGCUUGGGCUUGUCUCUUGUAAGCUAUUCUUGGUCUAUAUACCCUUCACCUAUUGUGAUGCCUAAGGAUCCAUAUCUUAUGCAAACAUUGGCUUUUUUGGGAGCUGGAUUGCUUUGGGCACUUGUGGUGCUUCCAAAUAGAGAUAUGAAGCUUGAUGGGGUUUUUGGUGGAGGGCUUGUGGUUAUAUAUAUUGUUUCUCUGUCUUUGAGGCUGAUUCAAGCUCUCGGGUCUUUGCAACAUCCUCACGUAAAUAGCAAUCAGUACUAGCAAUAUGAUUUUGAUCGAAAUUGUAAGAAGUUUUAUUUCAAGAUCAUCCUGUAUAUAAUACAUGUACUAUUGUGUAAAGUGACUAAAUUGCUAAGUUGAAGUCCUUCUAUCUCAUCUGAAGGUGUUUAAAUCUAAAAGUUAACUUAGGACUCCGUUUUAGUAAAAAUGUUGAGCAAUGUUGUACAUAUAUAAUGAGUCUUUGGUGCAAUCACACUUUGUUUA